GUCCGGCCGCCGAGGAAACCGUAAAAGCUAUGCUGGGGACUCUGCGUGGAGCUUGAUUCACCUUCACCUGCGCGGGGCACCAGCUGACCCCGGGCUUCCGCCCGGAGAGCUGUCCGAGAUGAACGGACGGGUGGAUUAUUUAGUCAUGGAGGAAGAGAUCAACCUGACGAGAGGACCCUCGGGGCUGGGCUUCAACAUCGUCGGUGGGACAGAUCAACAGUAUGUCUCCAACGACAGUGGCAUCUACGUCAGCCGCAUCAAAGAGGAUGGGGCUGCGGCCCGGGAUGGGCGGCUCCAGGAGGGUGAUAAGAUCCUCUCGGUAAAUGGCCGAGACUUAAAGAACCUGCUACACCAGGAUGCUGUAGACCUCUUUCGUAAUGCGGGAUAUGCUGUGUCCCUGAGAGUACAGCAUAGGUUACCAGUGCAGAAUGGACCUAUAGUACAUCGAGGUGAAGGAGAACCAAGUGGUAUUCCUGUAGCUAUGGUGCUGCUACCAGUGUUUGCCCUCACCAUGGUCGCAGUUUGGGCCUUUGUGAGAUACCGAAAACAGCUUUGAAAUGCUUGCUGCCUUCCAGGGUGUCCAAUGAACUAUUUCUCUCACUCACCUGCCCUGCCAGUCUCCUAUAUCCUUUCUCCUCUAUAUAGCCAACACAUGAUUUAAAGUGACUGAUUACCACUCAAAACCUUGCUGUUGAAACUCUCCAAGACUUCAAAUUCUAAUGGGAGAGUAAAGGUAUUAUUUGAAGAAAAGCUUGUGGGGGAGGGAGAAGCCUUUCUAAGAACAAAUGAGAAGUUACAAAUUUUAUUAGAACUGCCAAUAAAAAUUCAGCUAUCACCAAAGAGGAAAAGCUCAGUCUUCCUGUCACCAUGGAUGACAUCUUUUUCUUAGCUGGCAUGUUUGAAGGCUAGCUGUGCUACAUGGAAGGAGGAGCUGAUCUUUACUUUUUUUCUUUUCCUUUUAAUGCUUUUCCUUGUGAAAUGUUUGUGGCGUUUAAUUUGUAACUCUAUACCUAGAUGCCUAUAUUGGACACAGGUGAAUGAAGGUUUUUUUUUUUUUUAAACUUUCUUCAGAAAGAAAAUACUUAUAUACAGUAAUGCACAUAUGCAUAUAUGAUAACACUGAUGCCUUAUAAGAGGUGAGAAAAUUAUACUGGUUCCUGGGUUUCUAAUGAACAUUUUUUUGGGACUAGGGGAUCAUCAUAUUCCUUCAUAUAUAAUCAAGACUCAUACUAACAAUGAGUUCUGGAUUGUAAAGAGAACCUACUUUCACACUUGUCUGUAAGUCAUUGUCCACAAAUUAAAAACACACACAGUGCUAAGGGAUGACUGUAACUGAAGCACUUCAAAAGUUCUUUGCAGAGCAUGUGUAGUGGAGAUGGGAAAAUGAUCUUUCAAAGAGAAUACUCAAUCAGUGGCAUUAGGAAAUAAGAACUGAAACAACGGAUUGAAAACUAGAGCAAGUGUCACACAGUAGCUAUGGUGAUGUGGUAAAUUGUAAUAGACCAGCUCUGCUCAAGUCAGUCUGUUCAAAAGACUUUGAGGUAUAAAGACAAGCCCUACCAAUCUCUGAACUAGAAACUAGCCUAGUUGGUAUUUAACAGUGUUGUAAAGGGUUAGCUGGGAUAGCUAUGGGCAGCAGUGGGGCCAAAUGAACCAGAAGGGCCAAAGUUGUCUUGAUAGACAACUGAAAAAAGAUCAUGCCUCAAGGUGGCACUUGAACCCUCAAGGCUACUUAACAGUUUUCAGUUUCUAGUAUCAGGCAAAACCUUCGGAACUGCCUUUCUGGUAGAAUAGUCCUAAAAUCAGCCUGCUUCUGAUUAAGAUAAGAAGGCCUGGAUUGAUGUGGUUUUUGGUUUUGUUUACUCACUCCCCCAUCCCCCCAAAAAAACCCUCUAAGUACUAGCUUUGAUUUUAAUAAGUUAAUGGACUAUUUUUCAGAGAAGGGGAAGGAAUAAGUUUUGUUUGUUUGAUAUAGGGGUUCAAGGAAAUUUGGUGAUUGUUUACAAGGAAAGCCUGAGAAUAGAGUGUGGAUAGAAUAGUGUCUAGAGUAGAUGCUAGAGAAUAGCAGGGAUAUUGGUGAGGUAGGAGCCAUCCUGUUCAUGUAUUGUCUAAGUUGGUUUUAGAGUGCCCAGGAUACUUGAACCAAGUGUACUUUUUUUAACAAAGUAAUUUUUAUCUUCUAAAUAUGUUGGCCAGACUGUUAUUGACAGAAGAUUAUGAAUUUUCCUGACAAUCUAGCAAUUACUUAACAAGUGUUGGGUGCACAUUAGUUUUGUCAAGACACCUGUACAAAGAAGGGAAAUAAAUAUACAGACUUCAUCUGAAAGGACAUUGUGAUUACAGUAAGAGAACAGUUAAAAUGGAAUUAGCCGUGUAAGUGUAAGUUGUUGUUUAUGUUGUAGACAACAAUAGAAAAUAGCUCCUGCAAAUCGAGCGUUCCAUAGAGGAAGGGACAAGUUAAAGAUCUAGUAAGAGCAUUCAUAAAUAGGUGGAAAAAGUCUAUCAGGUUGAAUAAUAAACAAAACCAGUAUGGAAGAAAUUUGCCAUGCAAGAUGGAGCACAGUGUGGCUACAAAGAUGAUCAACAGGUGUUUUAAGGAGUUCUGAAAAGGAAAGCUGUUGUGUAGUGGCAUCAGAGUAGAAUGGAAAGUCUUAAAAUGUCUGAUGAGACUUUGCCUCUGGGGAAACUGUUGAUACAGGGAGAGAUUUGCUUCGAACAGUCUUAACAUAACUUAGCCAUUCAGUACUUUUUGAAAUUGAUUUAGUAACAGGACUUCUUCUAAGUUCCACAGAAAAUGCAAAAACAUAUUGUAGUUCUUGUUGCAACCAGCACCACUAUGGAGGCCCAAUGUCUGGUAUCCUCCUUGUAUUCCAUAGCAUCUAAAGCAGUUUCUGCCAUGGGCCUACUUACCUCAGUAUUCACUUCAGGGUUUGAAAUGUAGUGUUGAAAGACUGUCACACAUACAAAUUGAAACGAAUGGCAAGAAGGAUAGAAAGCUGUUGUGUGUUGAUAUAUGUAGAUACAAAAUAUCUUUGAUGGGAAUUUUACUUUGGUUGAUAGGAAUUCUGAUACACUUGGGUCUCCUUGGUAAAUAAACAGCACUUGACCAAAACAUUUAAGAUUUAGGCAAAUACUUUAGUAUUUCACUUUUGGUUGUAUGAAAACUAAAAUUAGCAUAGAUGGGAUGUUAAGAAUCCAUUAUAGAUUGUAAAAAAUGUAUGUUUAUCAUAGACUGACUCUAAUAUUCCUGUUACCUUAUAUAGACUAUAUAUGAUGUUUCUGCCACAUAAAUUAUAAUGUUUAAAGUUUUGAAUAUUAAUUAUAGGUAUACUUAAAGUAUUUUUCUUGUAUUUAUCAAUGUGUUUUUAUAUGUAAUUCUAAUAGAUAUGGUUUGCUUCAGUCGUUUGUUUCCUUUUCCUGCAGUUUUCUGAAUGAAUGAUUUCAUGUAAUUAAUUGGACCAUCUAGCCACAGGCAACAGAUAAAAAUAGUAUUUGUAAUUACAGUCUAUGUCAGGGCUGUACUAAAUUGACUGGUGACACUAUAUAUAACCUUGAGAUCCAAGUAUUGCUAUAAAGAGACUGAGGAUGAGAGAAUAAAUUAUUUUCCAAGAUUGUAUAGGUGGUCAUAUAGAAUCAUGAUUUAAACUCAGGACUUUGGGUGACAGUAUCAGUAAUAUUCCCAUUGCUAACAGUUCCCAAAGCAGUCUCUGGACAAAAGCAUCAGUUUUCCCUGCAAAUUCUUGAACAUUAUCCCAUACUUAUGGAGUGAGAUGAGCAUGGCAAUCAGCAAUUCUGUCCUUCUAGGUAACUGACUAAUGCUAAAGUUUGAGAUUUACCACUGUCUAGUUAGAAUCACUUGGACAGCUGGUCAACCCACAUUAAAUGAGGACCUCUGGGACUAGAACUUGGACAAUAAAAUAUGUUUCACAAGGUAGCUAAAAUGUGCAGCCUCUGUUGGAAAUACCAUUAAAUUAUCAGAUCACCUACCGAUGAGGCUCUAGCCAGAAUUAAGAACGUGGCUAAGUUCAGAGCCCAGCUCUGGGAGGUAGAGUAAGAAGUAAAGUAAAAUUCGUUUUGAGCGUGUCCACUACAAGAAUACAUACAAAAACUAUAUUUUAAAAUCUCAUUUUACUUCCAUCUUUUCCCAAUGGGCUUUCAAUAAAGACCAGAAGAACUGAUAGACAGCUAAAGAGGAGGCAUCAAGAUUUGAAUGGGAGAGUACAUUGAACAAUCCGUUAAGCCCAAUCAUGUGUUGUUUUAAUUUCAGUAGUUUAAAAUUAGAUAUAGGCUGUUUGUGAUAUUUUUUAUUAUGGAAAUAAGCAUAUAUUUGGAGGUCAAGCAUGGUGGUACAUGUCUUCAAUUCCAGCAUUUAGGAGGUACAGGCAG